AUGAAUGAGUUAAAAGACAUAAGUGAAGAGGCUUACAACUGGUUCCUUGAAAAACCUCCUUCCCAGUGGACCAGAUCCCAUUUUGAAGAGCAUUCGAGAUGUGAUAUUCUUCUUAAUAAUUUGUGUGAGGCAUUCAAUUCUUCUAUUGUUGUUGUCAGAGACAGGCCCAUCAUCUCCAUGCUAGAGAAAAUUCGGCAUCAGCAAAUGAUAAGGAUGAAUGUAAAAAGGGAAGCGGCACAGAGGUGGGAUCUUGCAUUUGGGCCAAGAAUUGUGAAAAUCGUUGAAAAGACUAAGUCUGAGGCAAGGUACUUGAAGGCAGACUAUGCAGACAACCAUAAAUUUGAGAUAAGUAGCAGAGACAGUUUGAGGUGGAGCGUUGACUUGACACAACAUGCAUGUGCUUGCAGAAAAUGGCAGCUCACUGCAAUACCAUGUCCCCAUGCAAUAUCAGGCAUGCUUUCAAGGGAUAUUGGCAUAUAUGAGUAUAUCGACCCAUGGUAUAGUAAGGAGACAUACCUGAAAUGUUACUUCCCAGUGAUCCACUCGAUGUCAGGGCCUGAACUGUGGCCAGAAUUGGGAAAGCAUCCUCUCAAUCAACCUCAGAAGAGAAAACAUGCUGGCAGACCCAAAAAGUUGAGGAAGAGGUCACAGGUAGAGCCACUUGCAAGCAUUAAGAUGGGAAGGACUGGCAUGAAGAUGACGUGUGAACGCUGUGAAAGGUCUGGACAUAACAAAAGAAGCUGUAAGGAGUCACUGUGUAAUGAAGAUAAUUCACAGCAACAGUCUAAACCAACCACACAAGAAGAUACACAUACCAGAUCAGCGAAGGGGAAGAGAAAAAGCACAUUCAACGCAAACCUCCAAGUCAUAGACAAAGAAGUCCAAGCAUAG